GUUGACCACACGCUAUAACUUCUAGCUUCAAGAGAGUUCACACCUUCACUUGAGAACGCCGACAUGUUGUGAGUCCUGAACAAGUUCCCAAGUGCUUGAUUAAUUAAGCCUUGCCAAUCAAGUGGACAGCUCUUCAGUAUUUAUCGAUAACACAUCAGCCAGCUACCGCAGCAAGGCUUCCCUGCCUCGAACCUGAAGAGGCCGAAGAAACCAUGGCCCGAACCGGUGCCAGCGCAAAGCGGAAGGGCCAACAGAGCGACAUGAUGGACAGAAAUCUGCAGGCUCGGCGGAAGGCACACACAGAUGUUGGGGCCGACCCGCCUGCGCCUCAGGAGCAGCCCUUCAACACGUUCUUGCGGCCUAGCGCUCCUGAAGGCCGCCCCAAGCGCGUUGCAGCAAUGACCGCUACUGCAAAGAUUGCUGCCAUUUAUGCCAGGCAACCACGGACACGCUCGCAACGCUGCGGACUUGCCACCAAGUCUGGGACGCCGCCAGCAGCAUUGCCGCAGCGACUGGAGCAACCGGCUCGUGGCAAGAAGAGGACGCGAGUGGGCACCGCUGUGGUUGUGGCCCCAGAAGCGCCGGAUCGUGACGAGGCCAUGAUUGAGGCGAACCCAGCAGGGCUGGAGCCUGCUGACCAGACACCAGAGCAGCCGCUUUCUGCAAUGGCGCUGGAGGCACAGCAGGCGCAGCAGGAGACGCCAACAAUCCCACGUAUGGGAGCCGCGGAGGCAGUGGCUGCAACGGCGGCUGCAACUGUGCAGGACGUGGCGGCCACAGCGGCGGUGGCAUCGGCGGCAGUGCUGGCGGAGGACGGGUGCCUGAUGGCGGCUGCCGUGGAAAGGGCAGCAGUCGAGACGGCCCAGUCGGCAGGCCGGGCGGCGCCCGUAGCUGAGGCAGCUGCGGUUGCCCAUGAGCUGCCGACACCGCCGCCUCGGGAGCAGCCCCAGUCGCCAAAUGUGCAAGCAGCAAUGCAGGAGCAGAAGCAGGAGCAGAAGCAGGCGCAGAAGCAGGCGCAGGAGAAGGAGCAGAAGCGGGAGCAGGAGAAGGAGCAGGACCAGGCACAGGCACAGGAGCAGGAGCAGGCGCAGGAGCAGACCCAGGAGCAGGAGCAGGACCAGGCACAGGAGCAGGAGCAGGCGCAGGAGCAGACCCAGGAGCAGGAGCAGGACCAGGCACAGGCACAGGAGCAGGAGCAGGAGCAGGAGCAGGCGCAGGAGCAGGCACAGGAACAGCCGCAGCCGCAGGCGCAGGCGCGGCACGCUGCCGGUGCAGGACCAGCUGCAGGUGCAGGCGCAGUCGUGGGCGCGCAAGCUACUGGCGAGGUUGCGGGCAUAGCCGUGGCACCGCCGCCUGCCGCUGCCCCAGCACGUUCAUGGGCUCCCCAGCUGCCCUGGACAGCGCUGCGGCAGCCUCAGGGCUACAGCCUAGUGGUGGACACGGAGACGACCGGCUUUCCGCGCAGGCUGCCGGGCACCCCUAUGAACGGCUUCAUCCGGGAGCAAGUGCCGUACACUGACCUUGAGGGAUGGUCGACGGCCCGCAUCGUGUCCAUCGCGUGGCGGGUGCUGGCGCCCGAUGGGAGGAUGGAACUGCAGGAGCACGGCUACCGCAUCGUGCGGCCGGUCGGGUUCGUGAUUCCGGCUGACGCCGUGCAAAUUCAUGGCAUCAGCACGCAACGUGCGACGCAGGAGGGCCUGCCACUGGACCAGGUCCUGGACGAGCUGAUGAGCGCCAUACAGCGCUGGAACUGCGGCGUCAUUGUGGCGCACAACCUCAAGUAUGAUCUCAACGUCAUCCUCAGCGAGUUGUACAGGCGCAACCGGGCGCAGGACGUCGCCCGCCUGGAGCGGAUGGAGGGCGUGUGCACCGCCAACUGCAGCAAGUUCUACCUGGGCCGGUACCACAAGCAGGCGGAGCUGCUGAAGGCGCUGACGGACGAGGACAUGCGUGUAGCCCACGACGCGGAGUGUGACGCGGAGGCCUGUGCCAAGUGCUACGUAGCUUUGCUUCAAGCUUAGGACACGCGCUGUUGCAGCAGAUGCUCCGGUGCGCGUAUCUUCCAUCUACAUUGUAGAAAUUGGCCCCUUGUGUGAGCUGCGGGCGAGCUGCGUCAUGGAGGGAAUUGAGGCGGACUGAUGAGGACGGCAUGCACAGGCAUGCAAGCAGGCCUAGCACUUGAGGAGCGGUCCAGUUCAGGAUUUUCGCGCGCAAUGCAUGCUGGUUCCUUUUUACGCGCGAUGAAUGUCAAUAUGUGGCAAUGCUUACAUCGCAUUAUGCGCCCAGCAGAGGUGAUGCCUGCUGAUGCGCGCCCGCGGGACGUUUUCGUAUGCAGGCAAUAUGUAGGCCGUUUGAAAGCCGUAGUUGCGUGUUAAAUGUAAUUGGUUGUACAGGCUGA